ACGGCAGCUUGUUUAUACGUCCCUCGGUGCAUCAUCCUACCUGGAGAGCUAUGUUGUAUUUGAUAUCCGGGAGCGGAUAGACACUCGUCGGCGACGCCGACUGACUGCCAUGACUUACAUCGGAUCGGUGACGAUCGCAAGGAGUUACUGAUUCAUCUCCGACACUCUAUGGGUAGCCGCGUGGUCCGUCGAGCCUGCGAGAUCGACACUGGUAGUAUAAUGUUCCAUACCGCCUGUUGGCUUAGAAAGUAGCUUGUCACCGUUUGAAGCUAUCGAGACGUAAACGAGUGCGUGUGAGAUGUGCAUAGCCACUCUGUAGUCAGCUCUAAGUAGAGCCCAUCGUUUCCGAUGAAGAUCUCCGUUGCGAUUAAGGUCCUUGACACGUGUAGUGGGCGGCACUGUGGGACGCACUCCAACUUGGUGCCGGCUGACGCCAUCGCUUUCGCACACUACUUCCAUCGACAUGUCGGAUUCAACCGUCUUUGUCAUGCAUCCCAUCAUGGCCGUUGCCCGUUAGGACUUUGGUGGGCGAUCGGUCUUGUCUUGGCAUUUGUGGUAGCAAGAAUGUGUUCGAGGAUCCGUGUUGUUGUCACCUUCCUAGUGUACCUAUCCCGACCAUCUAGUGUGGAUCACCAUGAUGUUAUUCAUUUAAGACAUCAGACGACGAUCAAUCGCGCUCCUUCGCGUAGUGACGAUCGUACGUCAGGUCGGUCCAAGGUUUGAUGGUCGCAUGGAGGCGUUGCGCGCACGCUCCAAUCGCGUUGUUGAAACUUGCGCGGCCGAUGGAUGAAGAAUAGCCCUGAAGAUGC